AAUCAUUCAGUGAAGGCGAAGGGGCGGGAGCAAAACAAGUGUGUUUCACAUGAGCUGUGCUGCGGUCGUUGGACGAUCCAGUUUACCGAAAUGGCGGAGACAGCGGACAUUAUGGAGGUGUCCCAGGGAGAGAGCUCAGCAAAACCUGCAGCAGAAGACAUGACCUCCAAAGACUACUACUUUGAUUCCUAUGCACACUUUGGCAUUCACGAGGAGAUGCUAAAGGAUGAAGUUCGUACUCUGACGUACAGAAACUCCAUGUUCCACAACAAGCAUCUCUUCAAGGAUAAGGUGGUGCUGGAUGUGGGAAGUGGAACCGGCAUCCUUUGUAUGUUUGCAGCCAAAGCUGGGGCCAAGAAAGUUAUUGGGAUUGAGUGCAGCAGUAUAUCAGAGUAUGCUGUGAAGAUCGUGAAGGCCAACAAGUUGGAUCAUAUCGUUUCCAUCAUUAAGGGCAAAGUGGAAGAGGUUGAGCUUCCUGUGGAAAAAGUAGACAUAAUCAUCUCUGAGUGGAUGGGCUACUGUCUCUUCUACGAGUCCAUGCUUAACACUGUCAUUUAUGCGAGAGACAAAUGGCUGAAACCCGAUGGCCUGAUCUUCCCCGACAGAGCCACGCUCUAUGUCACUGCUAUUGAGGACCGACAGUACAAGGACUACAAAAUUCACUGGUGGGAGAAUGUUUAUGGCUUUGACAUGUCCUGUAUCAAGGAAGUGGCCAUCAAGGAGCCACUGGUGGAUGUUGUUGACCCCAAACAGCUUGUUAGUACUGCCUGCCUCAUUAAGGAGGUGGACAUCUACACGGUGAAGAUUGAGGACUUGUCCUUCACGUCACCUUUCUGCCUGCAGGUGAAAAGGAAUGACUACAUUCAUGCGCUGGUAACCUACUUCAACAUCGAGUUCACUCGCUGCCACAAGAGGACAGGCUUCUCUACUAGCCCAGAGUCUCCUUACACUCACUGGAAGCAGACGGUGUUCUACCUUGACGACUAUCUGACAGUGAAGACCGGAGAGGAGAUCUUUGGCACCAUCAGCAUGAAACCCAACGUCAAGAAUAAUAGAGACCUGGACUUCAACGUUGACAUCGACUUCAAGGGUCAGCUUUGUGAGGUGUCCAAGACGUCAGAGUACAGGAUGCGCUAGGUUCCUUUAGCAUAAGUGUGUGUGUGAGCAGCAUCUCCGAGAGCAGUUCACGCUUGUGUGUGUGAAACUGUGUACAUUUUUCCAAACUGUGCAUGACAGACAUUUUUAGAGAUUCUGUUUUACAGAAUAUUGUCUGACAAUAUAUAUAAAUAUUUUUUCCUUUAAAAUGUUCCCAACGGGACUAAACAUGGCAAAAGUUCUUUUUUGGCCUUGCUUUUUUCCAAAUUCUAGGUGCACCUUGGAUCAAAUCCCUUGGGUUUAUGCAUGUACACAUGUGUAACUGCUCUCUUUUGCCUGAUUGACUGUCUGACAACGUCAUCCAUGUAUCUUUUUUUUUUCUUUCCCUGCCAGGCCGACGUGUCUGUGUUGGUCACUGUACAAAAUGCGAAUCCGCCAUAUGUUUUGAUAUUCCAUCUUAUAAAGUCAGCAUCUUCAAUGUAGGUCAAACUUGUCUCACUGUGGACACUAGCUAAUGAGCCCAUAUUGUUUUGUUCUUGGAGGCAGUUGAUUUGGACCAUCAGUAGAGGGCACCUCCAUCAUGUGCAGUUUGUCUUCAGUGGAGUAACGGUUUUAAUUCAUGUAGGGCUCCCAUGUCCUCACCUGUUAGCUUUUUUUUUUCUACUUACAAUGUAUAAAAAAACACAAGUUACAAAGACUUAAUCAGAGGAUAUUAUCGUGUUAUGGAGAAGACUGCAUAGCAAUCUCUUGUGCAACUCAUAGGUGGUGUUAAUGAGCAAUGUUUUAUAUCUGUUGAUCUUUUUAAUGUCAUAUAGGAGGAAACUUCAUCCGGUUACUGACCGUUUAGUUUAAGCUUAUCUGCUGCUCUUUUGCACUAUAAGCACUUAAAACUCAGUUUCUCAGACCCAGAACUACAAUUUAAUUCCAUGGAGGAAAACCUUCAGUCUAAAUUUUCCAUUUGAGUGCUUUUAUUGAAGGUGAUGCUUAUCCUGUGUUUGAGUAACUUCACAUUUGUUCCAUAUUGUGAUCAUCUGUCAUAGUGUUGGUGUGUAUUAGUGAUUGUCGAGGGGUGCAAGUUCACAUGCCUUGUGUCUAGCACUGGUUUGGAUAAUUACCAGGCAGGCAUUUGUCCACCAAGGAAGUCUUUUUAUUAUUUUUUCCCCUUUUUUUGAAAUAAAAAAACAUAAAU